AUGAGUUGGACACAUCGUACCAUAGCUAAAUUAAGUCCAUCACCAAAUCAUUCAAAUCUUGAAUCGUCCCAAUCAUCAUCAUCUAUUCUCAUUACACCAAUUGUUUCUACACCGACUCCAACAACAACAGUGAAAUCAUCAUCCAUCUUUUCACCAUUUGAAAGGCGUUUAGCCAAAUAUCGAUCGCUACCACUCCUUUGGUUGCGAACAUGUGGUAAUAAUAGACGUCGAAGUAAAGAUCUACUCUUAGCAACUAUUGACUUAAGACCAGAAUUAAGAGUCAAAUUUGAACAGCAAAAUUAA